AUCGCCGUGGACGGAAGUACGUGCGCGUACAAAAGUUGAAAAUAUUAAAUAUAAAUUUAUCAAAUAUUGAAAAAAAAAAAACAAGAGAAAAACAGAUUCAAUUGAAGAGAGCGGUGUAUUUUAACUGCGACCUUACUAAGCUUGAAUCGGAAGUGAAAUUAAUACUCCAGUUUCUUAAGAUAAAAAAAGAAGUUUGAUUAAUUUUGAAAUUACAUGGACAUUCGAAAACAUUACAAAUACACUUCGGAUUUAACGUUCUAUUUGAUUGCGUGUAACGAGUGAGAACAUUUCACGACUUCGUGUGCGACAGUGAAUUCAUAAUAGGAUCGUUAGCUCGUAAAUUGUUGUAAGUUUUUGACUGAAUGAACGUUUGACUUCACGUUUACGCGUGAAAAGAAGCACUUAAUAAAAAAAAAAAAAUCAAAUAGAAAUUAAAAAACAAUAGACAUUGAUUGUAGACAAAAAAUAACCUUUGGAUAACCAAAUCAACAAGUAACGAGAAGAGGAAAAUAAGACUAAUUUGAGAGCUUAUACAUAUUUACAUAAAAGAUUUUUCAUAAAUAAAGGGUCUUUAGUAGACCACCGGUUGAUUGUUUCCAUACAUUUUCAACCCACCUAAUUCAUCUAUUAAAUCGGCCAAAUGAGUGUCGAAGAGGACGACUCUGUUCUACAAACUUAAACACCCAUUUCAUUAUUAAAAUAAUACAAAUUUUGUAAUGGACUGGCUAUUGGCAACACCACAGUUACAUAGCGCCUUCUCUUCAUUGGGUUCUCUGGAAGGGGAUACCUACGUUGUUGGGCCAGAUGCGUUAUCAAUUCUAGAGGAAAUAAAUUAUAAACUUACCUAUGAAGAUCAGACGUUACGCACCUUUCGUCGCGCCAUCGGCUUCGGCCAAAAUGUGCGUUCCGAUUUGAUACCGCUGCUGGAGAAUACGAAAGAUGAUGCUGUACUCGACUCGGUCAUACGCAUCCUGGUUAAUUUGACUGUGCCUGUAGAGUGCCUCUUCUCGGUAGAUGUCAUGUAUCGCACCGAAGUCGGUCGACAUACCAUCUUCGAGUUGAACAAGUUGCUCUAUACAAGUAAAGAGGCCUUUACAGAUCCGAAGAGCACGAAAUCUGUUGUCGAAUACAUGAAAUAUUUGUUGGAGUCCGAUCCGAAAUUGUCACUUCAGAAAUGUGAUAAAAUCAACAAUUGCCUACUAUUGCUCCGCAAUGUUCUCCACAUCCCAGAGACAAAUGUGAACUUUGUAAUGCCCUCAGCACAUUCCCAGCCAGGUGGGUCACAUCCGGUGUCGAUGCAAAAUGCAAUACUUUGGAAUCUCUUCAUACAAAGUAUCGAUAAACUGUUGCUGUACCUCAUGACUUGUCCACAUCGCGCCUUUUGGGGUGUCACCAUGGUGCAGCUGAUCGCGUUGAUGUAUAAAGAUCAACACGUCAGCACGCUCCAAAAGUUAUUAAAUAUGUGGUUUGAGGCUUCGCUAUCGGAGAGUUCGGAGGAUAACGAGAGCAAUACCUCUCCACCCAAACAAGGUAGUGGCGACUCUAGUCCCAUGCUUACAUCGGAUCCCACUUCUGACUCUUCGGACAAUGGUAGUAAUGGUUGCAAGAACGAGAGUGCCGAAGAUCGUCGACAAGCCAUGCGCGAGGAGGCGACCGAAGCCACAUUGCAGGAAGUUAGCCGCAAAGGACACGAAUAUCAAAACUCAAUGAUGUGCGAUUCGCAUGUGAAGAAGGAAGUUGACGAUGUGGAAUUGGGUAGCGUUGACAAUAGGGGCGGCAAUGAACAGCCAUGUACCAUCAAAAUCGAAGCAAUGGAUGAUAUGGGAGGUGAUGACGAUAAUUGCGAUGGUAAUGGUGAUGUUGAUGUUCAUGUUGGUGGUGAUGUUGAUGGUGAUGGUGUUGCUAAUGGCGACGGUGAAGGCAGUUGCUCGGUCGACGCAGUCGGCUCAGCACAACCAUGUGAUAUGAGUGAAGAUAGCGACAACCAACAACAACAACAACCAGUUGAACCCAAUCAAACCACUACCAGCGAGUCGAACCAAACCGACGCAGAUGCGGUUAAAUUCAAAGCGCCAGCAGUUGUUACAAAAUUCAAACAAGCGUAUCCACAGCCCAAAAUCUGCCAAAAGGUGCCACAUUCGGGUCAGCUGAAUUUGAGAAAGGGAAAAAGUUGUCCGCAAAAGCGUGAGUGUCCUUCAUCGCAAUCGGAGUUGUCAGAUUGUGGCUAUGGCACACAAGUGGAGAACCAAGAGUCCAUAUCCACCUCGAGCAACGAUGACGAUGGCCCACAGGGCAAACCGCAACAUCAAAAGCCACCCUGCAACAGUAAGCAGCGCAGCAAGCAACGCAUUGUGAUGGCGAUGGUAGACAAGAAAGAGCUACGUCGCAAAAAACUGGUCAAGCGUAGCAAGAGCAGUCUUAUCAACAUGAAGGGUCUGGUACAACACACGCCAACUGAUGAAGACAUAUCUAAUUUGUUGAAGGAGUUCACAGUCGAUUUCCUACUCAAGGGUUACGGCUGUCUUGUAGGCGAAUUGCACUCACAACUGCUUACCAAUAUUAAAAUUCCCAUCGAUACGUCGCACUUCUUCUGGUUGGUCACCUAUUUCCUUAAAUUCGCCGCGCAGCUGGAGCUGGAUAUGGAGCAUAUCAGCGCAGUGCUCACCUACGAUGUCAUCAGCUAUUUGACUUAUGAAGGCGUCACGCUUUGCGAGCAACUGGAAUUGAACUCUCGCCAAGAAGGCAGUGAUUUGAAACCGUAUUUGCGGCGCAUGCAUUUGGUCGUAACGGCCAUACGAGAGUUUCUGCAGGCAAUCGAUACCUACAAGAAAGUGACGCAUUUGAGUGAAGAUGAUCGCUUGCAUUUGCGACGCUUACAAAGUCAAAUCAGUUCCACUGAGGAUUUGCGUUGCCUAUUCGUACUUCUCUUGCGACGAUUCAAUCCAAAUUUGCAUACCAAGCAGUACCUGCAGGACUUGGUUGUAACAAAUCAUUUAUUACUGCUGAUUUUGGACUUUAUUACCCAAACAGAAGGUGACACGAGUAUCAAGAUGACCGAGCAUAUAGCGCAAUUCGCUACGCUCGAAAUUAUGAACUACUAUGGCAUGCUCUUGGAGGACUUUAACAAUAACGGUGAAUUCGUUAAUGAUUGCAUCUUUACGAUGAUGCAUCAUGUUGGCGGCGAUCUGGGACAGAUCGGCACGCUCUUCCAACCGAUUAUAUUGAAAACAUUUUCACGCAUUUGGGAGACCGAUUAUGAGCUGUGCGAUGAUUGGUCCGAUUUGAUAGAGUACGUCAUACAUAAAUUCAUAAAUACACCGCAAAAAAAUUCGUUGUCCUUGCCAAAGGCUUCACUGACAGAACUAACCAAGGAACACAAUUUAGAAAAUACAGUCUGUGCUUGGACUCAGGAGGAAAUGGACACUUUAUAUUGGUAUUACGUGCAAAGCAAGAAGAGCAAUGAUGUUGUGGGCAAAAUUGUGAAAUUAUUCAGCAAUAACGGGAAUAAGCAGAAGUCGCGUAUCUCGAUUAUACAACAAUUGCUGCAACAGGACAUCAUAACCUUAGUUGAGUAUGAUGAUCUGAUGAAAUUCGAAGACGCUGAAUACCAACGCGCUUUACUCACCACACCAACUUCGACUUCUACCGAAUCGGGUAUUGAUCUAAAGAAUUCUGCAACUUCUGCUAAACCUUCUGAUGAUAUACAGAUUCUACGCGAUCUUAUAGUGAAAGAGAAUAAGGAAAAGCAUUUGGUUUGGCUACAGAAGAUUUUGCUUGAAUGCUGUUAUAUAAAGUUGAUUCUAAAGAAUUGUAUACUACGCGAAGAUCGACAGAAUCUGCAGUAUGUUAUGGAGCCAGUGGCAUAUCAUUAUAUAGUGAAAAACAAAUCAAUUCCCGUCGUGCAAUGGAACAGCGAACAGGCAACAACAAUGCUAUAUCAACCAUUUGUGUUGCUUCUGCAUAAAUUAGGAUUUCAAUUGCCUGCCGAUGCCGGUUCGAUUUUCGCACGCAUUCCCGAUUUCUGGACGGCAGAGAUGAUCUUCAGUUUGGCGCGCAAGUUGGGCCCAUUGGACAAGUUGUUGAUCAAGUUCGAUAUGAGUCAGUUUGAGGAUGUGAAUGCAAUAGAGUUGCCGCGUUGCCAUCACGUAACAGCGGCACGCGGCUCACUCUCCUCAAUGUCCAGCCUGGAAAUGGAAAUUGGUGGCGUUGAUGAGUACACAGUGUUGGGAAGUAGCUCGGAUAAUGGAAAUUGUAAUGGUCGGGCAAGCCGAAAUGGACGUUCGAGCAGUGGAAGCGGCAGUAUGUUGGCGCCAGUGCCCGAGGUGGAUGCCAAAUUGGAGAAGGCGAGCGCGAGUAACGAUAUAUUUGCCGUACCGAAAGCGAAACAAUGCAAUUCAAUCAUAAGAUUCACACCCGAGCCUGCACCAUUGCCGCCGGUGCCAAAUUGGUUGCAAUUGGUGAUGCGCAGCAAAAUGAAUACAAACGCCACAGCGGCACUGGAUACGGCACUCAAUGCGAACAACACAGCUACAACAACAACUACAAAUGAAAGUUGUAGCAUAACGACUGCAGCAGCCCUGUCAGCGCUGGUGACAACUGCCUCUGCAACAUCUACAAUAACAUCGACAUCAGCAGUUUCAACAAUGCAACAAAACAGCGUUGCAGCCAAGGCGCCAGAGCCAACGUCAACAAUACUAAUCCCCACAGACCAGUGUCCACCAACCAUCAACAACAUAAUUGGAUUGAAUAAGGAGUCGAAUAAUAACACGAAUGCCAGCAAUGAGUGCAGCAAAAACAAUAGCAACAAUAAUGUCAACAGCAGCAGCGGUGUCAGCGAUUUGAAUAGUUGCGGUAGUGGCAGCAACAUGAAUAGCACCAGCAAUAACAGCAGCAUCAACGAUGACAACAACAAAACGAAUGGUGAUAGUUGUGGUGUUGGUAUUGGUGGUGGUGGUGGCGUUUGCAACUACACCAGCAGUGACAGUAGUAGCAUCAGCAGUAAUGCAAUCGUCAAUAGUGGCACGAACAGCAGCACCGGCAACAAUAUUUGCAACAACAAUAAAUAUGAAAAUAACAGCGUAGCAACAAUACAAAGUGGCAUGCGAAUACCCGCAGCAGUCACAGCAGUCACCGCUGCAGGAACAACCUCAGCUGUGACAACAACAACAAUGGCGGCGGUUGCAAAUGCUGCUAUGGCAGCGAACGACCAUUUCCUCAUCUAUCCAAAGCAGCAACAACAGCUACUUCAGAAACAACAUCAACAACAACAGCAACACUUACAAGCACAACAUCAAUAUAAUCAACAACAGCUGCUACAGCAACAACAACAACAACAACACUUUGAGGGCGUAAUGAAGACGUUCGAACGUAGCGAACAGCCAAGUAUCGACAUGAAUUUUGCGAGCUUUAGCGGUGGCGGUGCUGUUGGCGCUGGUGGUGUCUUAGCUGCUGCCAGCGUUGCUGUGGGUGGCGGCGUGCUCAACAAUUUGGAGAGCGAAUAUAGCGCUAUGGUCGCAUCAGUGUACGAGCAUGAAACUGCCAACAGCGACUGCGCUUCGGUCGCCUCGGAUUUGACGCGCAUGUACGUCAGUGACGAAGAGGAUAAAAAUGAGUUCCCUGUCACGCAUUUCAAUUGAAGAUGACGACGCAACACUUCCACUUACAGAUGCACGCACUCAAAAUAUACAUGAAUAUAUACAUAUAUGAAUAAUUAUAAAGAAUUAAAAAAAAAGUGGAAAAUUUACAUAUCUACGUAUGUAAAUUAUAAGAAUGUAAAAAUUAGGAAAUUUCUUCUACAAAUGGCCUUUACACAGUAUAGAAUGUGAUUUUGAAAAGGGAACAAUUUUAUAUUAAUGAGUUUUGAGAAAAUGAGAAAUAUUUACAAGGCACUGAUGUUUCGACAGAUCUAUGUGCAUGUGGCUGGUAUACCAUAUAUAUAAAUUCACGCGAUGUGGCAAGAAGCCAGUAUGAAAAUGUUAAUGAAUUGUGGUCGGAAAGGUAAAAAGUAAAAUUUAUUAAAAGCAACUUUAAUUUUAGUAAAAAUAGUAAAAAAAAGUCAUCUGUACUUCCAAAGUAAUUACACUUUUUGUGUUGGAUCUGUAGGCCACUAGAUCUGCUGGUGUGUGUUGAUUGUUUCGAGUGUUGAAAGCCAGAGGAAAGUAUUGAGCACUUGUUUUAAUUUUUUUAAUAUUUUGUUGAGUUGUAAGGUCAGUUAGUUCUUGUACACCUUCAGGAUAAAAAUUUAUUUAUUUUUUUCUUGCUAAAAAGAACUCAAAUGUUCGGUACUUGCAGAAGUAAGCGCUCUGUUGUAGAUGAAAGUCAAUGAGUUAUUUAAUUAAAAUAUUAAAGCAGGGGUGACUUGGUCAUGUGAUUCGAGUAGUAGAUACUUCUGUAAUCGAAUAUAUUUUAUUGAUACAUUUUACAAUCCGUAUUCAUUCUUACAAAUCUAUUUCGUUCCCUUAAAGUUCUUAGUUCUCAGUUAUUCAACUAUAUUCCCUUAAAUAGUUUAUAGCUUAUGCAGCGAUCCUGCAUAGUCCUCGAUUGGCGAAAGUGCUUAUGAUCAAAAACAAAAAAAAAAUUCUUAAGAAAAAUUGUCUUUUAAGCAUACAAGACAAGUUUUGAGGCAAGUUUUGACCUCUGUGGUUAAGCGUUGUCAUAUUGCAAAAAUACUGUGCCACAUCCCUUGUCAUUUCACGCCCAACACAAACACUUCCUUUGUAGAUGGAAAUUCACAGUGCAGGUUUCGUUAGGCUUAAGAAGGUCAUUCAUAACACUUAGCUGAUUCCAUCUCUGGGCUUACUACACACUUUUUUACGUUGCCAAAUUUCUUUACAGCUGCGCACUUAUGUGAGAACCUUUUAUCAAAUUCGUUCGAGCAACUCCAACUGUUUUCGAACUUUUCCGGUAUUCAAUAUAAGAUAUUGAAACAGUCAAGGAUGAUAGAUUAUCAGGUUAGGCCAAUUUGCUAUGGUGAAAAACAAAAAUAGGCAAGCAACUUCGGCUGUCGCGUCACAGGGCUCGCGGUAGGCAAUUUCUGACCGCUUAUUUUACCCAAGGAUGAUAGAUUUCAAGGUUUGCUUCAUAGCUAUGGUAAAAAAAUGUUUAGGGAGAACUUUGGCUGCCGAGUCACUUGGAAUAUGUUAGCUUGUGUUAGUGAUAUUCAAAAAAAGUCAACGCAGCCAAUGUUCAUGCUAUGACAUUCAUAUAUCACUAACACAUGCUACAUUUUGUUAACCAUAUCCCAAGUGACGUCAGUCCAUCAACCGUUCACAUCUAAUUCGCUCAAGGCGAAUAACGGUCUGCUAUAUAGACUACUACUGUGGUGAAAAACGUAAUUUUGCGAGCAACUUCGGUUGCUAUGCCACAGGCUCUUCGACAGGCGAUUUCUGCCCGCUCGUUUCGAAGGUAUUCACACACUCGUCCCAUCAGCCGUUGUUCAGACAGCAACGAAGUAACAUUAGCGUAUGCAGUGUUGAUUUUUUCGUAUAUCACUAAUAAAAUCGCAGUUUUUUUCGUAAACAAAACGCUGUGAUUAGCCCGGUAACGUUAGCCUAUCAGCUGAUUUUUUCUAUUUCGCUGAAAGCCGAUUAACGGCCUGAUCUUAGCCACACCUUCUGAAUUCCUUUCACCAUGGAAAUGAUGUUUCUAGUUCGACAGUUAGCGCAUACCACGAUUCCAGGUCUUGUGGUGCAUUUACACCAUCAAAUUGCUUGUUUAUAUAUUGUCUCAAGCGCAAAUGCUAUCAGGCGCGAAUCAAAGGGAAUGAGAAUUAUUUACGUCCUCUAUAGUUAUCUUUCGGUUUAAGGUACUUUUAUAUUACAGUUAUGCUUAAAAUUUAAAAUUAUACAGUAAAAUAUAAAAUAAAGUACGAGGUCAAAGCAGAAAUGAGUUUUGCAAAUAUAUUAUAAUUAAAAUUAUUUGGUAAUUUUAUUGAUAUUAAAAAUGAAAUGUCAAUUUGAAACUCAAAACUAUUCGUUUUAACAUUAACUCAACAGUUAAUUAUAUUAUUAGUAAACUAAAUUAGACGAAUUCGUCAGAAAUACGGGUGCGUGCGGUUUUUGAGGACGUCGUAUCCAAGACGUACGGUAUUUGAGAGUUGAAUAACAAAUUUCACGAAUUCUUUACACAAUAUUAGCUUAAGUGCAACCAAAUUAUUCUAUUAAAUUAUUCAAUAAAAUUUCCAUUAGCUGCAAAAACUUGCUCGAUCCGGAUUUGAAAACGAUUGUAUGACCCAAUCAAAUGCUAUUCAUUCAUAUUGACCAUAACGGUAUUAAUGAAAGGGUCAGAGAAGAAAAUGUAUUAUAAGAACGCGUACUAGUUUCACGCUCAAGUAUGCCCCAUACUUAGAAUUGCACUGGUUUAAGGUCUGUGUAGUUAGGCGUUCAUAAGUUUGGUGUUCUCAGGCCUUUCGAGGGGUUUAAUUUUGUUUAUUUAGAAGAUAUUUUGAUCAGAUAACUCGCUGCUCUCGUGUUUGCAUUGACUUUAACUGUCUUCUGCGCUUAAUGCAGGACUUAUGCCGGAUAUCUGCAUGGACAACUCGCCGGAUAUAGACCAUCAGAAACAUUAAGAAUCCCUCACAAGUGCCCUCAUUGAUUUUGAAAGCUCCUCGUUAAUGAUCGACUGCGUGUUUCAUACUUUCUUGAGUUAGGUUGUAGUACUUCAUGACCUAUCUGGAAAGGAGCAAAGAGAAAAAUAUGCAUGCUUUCGAAUUCACCUCAAUACGCACCGUAGUAUUUUAAAUCUAUUUUUGAUAUCUUUAGACUAUUUAUACUUAUGCAGGCAUAAUCUUCAAUCAAAUUAAAAUAUGCAUGUUUGAAAUAAAUAUCAUCCAAUAUUAUGGCAGCCACCAUAGCCCAGUGUGCUGACCACCUAUGCGGCCAUUGAGCAUCAAAUAGUUUUUUUUUUUUCUUAACAGCAAUCGCCACGCGGCAGGAGAAGGCAAAUGCUCGGAUGCAUUGCUGCAUUAGAAAAAUACUUCUUCUUCUUCUUCUUCUUCUUGCUUGGCGCCAAACCGCUUAAGCGAUUGAAAAUACGCUCGCAAAAUAAUGGCAUUAGGCAACAUUAGGGCCUCCCAUUCGUAGAAAACUAAGAGGGCUCAUACUAAUAUUUUGACAAGAAGUCUGGCUUAAUCAUUUUUGAAGAAUUUAUAUACCUGUUUUUUGUUAUUAUUAUUAUUAAAAUUGUCCAUGUUAUAUAAUAACCUUAUUUAAUAUAUUAAUAAAUAUGCUUACUAUUGUUAA